GUUGUGAUAGCCAGGUGCAUUUUGGAUUAGAUACCGAUGUUAAAAUACAGAUGCAUAACGCUGAGGGCAAUGACAACACACGUGUACCAAACAUGCAUGACGUGAAGGCAGCAUGAGUCACGCGUUGUUUGCUUCAGAUAGUGCAAAUAUGGCGGAAGAUGGAGAAUCGCUGGAGUCCUGGCUUAACAAAGCCACCAACCCUUCCAACAGACAGGAAGACUGGGAGUUCAUAAUGGGAUUCUGUGACCAAAUCAAUAAGGAACUGGAAGGCCCACAAAUAUCCGUUAGACUGUUGGCUCACAAGAUUCAGUCCCCUCAGGAAUGGGAGGCGAUACAAGCAUUAACGGUUCUUGAGGCUUGUAUGAAAAACUGCGGUCGACGGUUUCAUAAUGAAGUUGGGAAAUUUAGGUUUUUAAAUGAAUUAAUUAAGGUGGUUUCACCCAAAUAUCUAGGAGAGAAAGUAUCGGAGCGAGUGAAGACUAAAGUGAUCGAGAUGCUGUACAGUUGGACCGUGUCUCUACCAGAUGAAGCAAAGGUCUUUGAAGCGUAUGAGAUGCUGAAGUCACAGGGUAUUGUUUUAGUUGACCCAGAAAUCCCACUUGAUGCUACAUUAAUACCAUCGACUUCUCCGCCACCCAAGAAUCCUGUGUUUGAUGACGAGAAGAAGAGCAAGAGAUUAUCAGAACUGCUGAAGAGCAAAAAGCCUGAAGAUCUGCAAGAGGCCAAUCUGCUCAUCAAGAACAUGGUCAAGGAGGACGACGUGAGAACACAGAAAGUGACAAAGCAAAAAAGCACACUGGAGGCCGUCAACAACAGCGUGAAAGUCCUUAACGAGAUGAUUGCUCACUUCAGCCCGGACGACUCCACAGACGGAGACAAGGAGCUCAUUAGGGAGCUGUAUGGUGAUUGUGACAAGCUCAGGCAAACAGUGUUUCAGCUCGCUACUGAGACUGAAGAUAAUGACAGCAGCUUGGGAGACAUCCUGCAGGCCAGUGAUGAUCUCUCACAUGCCAUUAAUUCCUAUAAGAGGACUGUGGAAGGACAGAUCGUCAAUGGAGAGAGCGGAGAAGCACAACAAACACAAUUAUCAGUCAGACAAGGUCGCACAAACCAGUCAGAGAUUCUGAUUGACCUGGUGGGUCUGGACAUCCAGAGCGUGUCUCUACCAGAGCAGCAACCCCCAACAUCUCUGUCUAUUCCUGCUGACCUGCUGUGUGGGUCUGCUGCCACCAACCAUCAGUCCCACUGCCCCAGUGUGCCCUCAGCAGCACUCUCUCUGCUGGAUGAAGAGCUACUAUCGUUUGGCCUCACUGAACCCGCUGCAAGUACAUCAACACAUGAAAACCUGAGAAAUCAUUUGCCAUCUUUACAGGAUUCCGGUCAAGAUUUGGAUUUUUUUGACACAACUUUGCCUACGGUUCCCGCGUUCUCUACAUCUUCACUUUUUCCAGACGCACUCUCUAUGACAGUUGCAGUCAACCCAACGCAGUCUUCUACAACUGCGUCUGCCUUAAGCUUUCCUGGCGCUGUCUUCUCCACGCCUCCGGUUUCUACGCAAUCCGUCUCGACAACAUCGGUCAUAUUCCCACAGCCACUCGGCUCAGUAAUGACCACCACGGCCCCAGCUGCCCUUCCUCAGUCAAUCAGCAUUGCCCCGCCUGCCUCCUCAGCAGCCCCUGUCACUCCACAAUGGCUCUCCACUGGAGCGUCCCACACAACUUCAACUUCUCUUAGUAACAAUCUGCAAGACCUUGCCUUGCUGGAUCUGGGCAGUCCUAAAAUGACACCUGCUGUGAUGGAUUUAGGCAGCUUUCUGAUCAAAAGUGAGGAUUUGCUUGCUCCUGUUACCCCAUCUUCCAGUCUCUGUGUUUCCUCCACCACAUCCAACUCACCUGCUCGUACAGCGAUGCAAGGAGGGUCCACUGCCCCACCUGCCAAGAGUCAGGCAGAUGACAGCCCUCUGUUACGCUCUCUGUCCCCCAUCCCCCCUCUGGGCCAGGCCAGCCCGGGCAAGGGACAAGAUGCUCUGUCCAAUGUCUUUGUCCCUCUGGAGGUCAUCAAGCCAAGUCAAAUGUGUCCUGUGACAGCAUAUGACAAAAACGGGGUCCGUGUUCUGCUGCAUUUUGCCACUGACUGUCCGGCAGGUCGACCUGAUGUGCUGGUGAUGGUGGCGUCCAUGCUUAACACUGCGCCGCUGCCUGUCAGGAGCAUUGCUCUACAAGCUGCUGUGCCCAAGACGAUGAAAGUGAGACUGCAAUCACCCUCCGGGACAGAGCUGGCUCCUUUUAACCCAAUCCUUCCCCCUGCUGCCAUCACUCAGGUCAUGCUGCUUGCAAAUCCUCUCAAGGAAAAGGUUCGGAUGAGAUACAAACUGGCAUUCAUGCUGGGAGAGCAGCCACACUCAGAAGUGGGGGAGGUGAAUGAGUUUCCACCUGCUGACAGAUGGGGGGCCCUAUAGCUCUGCCUACCGACACUACAAGACUUCUUUAACAAUUUUUAGUUUGUCAGUGCAGCUCGGGAAAGUCAAGAAAAAAAGGCUGGUGUAUAUGAAAACCUUUAGGGAAAGAUAUAACGUACAGUAAACUUUAAUGGACCUUUUUUGAAGGAGUUUUUCUGCUUGACAUGGCCAACUGAAGGAGCCAAAGUCCUGUAGCGUACAUCCUACUAAAACUUGACUACGGUGCAAGAGGUAGUCACUGUGGUGCAGUAACAAAUGAUGUGAAGUUGUUAAACGUGGAGGAUGGUUAUGUGGGGAGAUCAUUGGUAAUGUUUAAUAUUGCUAAACUGUAUCAGGUUGUUAUUAUUAUUAUUAUUAUUAUUAUUAUUAAUAUUAAUAAUAUUUUAGCCGUUUGCUCUUAUUUUAAUGUUCCUAUUUCCCUUAAUGCCAGACAGUCUUAAUAUAGAACAGAAAUACAUGUUGAAGGAGAUUGUGAAGCCAGGGUGAUAUGAACAUGUGGCCACAACAUGUGCAUUUGACAUGAUUUGCUGCGGACUAUGUCUGGUAGCAGAGUUUUACGCUGAAGACAUUGGACUGAAGCAGACAAGAGCUCCUCUGUUGCUAAAUAAAAAGCACUCACAGAUGAUUAAGAAUGAAUUACUCUUAGUUGACUUCCUUCACUAUGCCUCACAGUUACCACUGAAUACUUGUACUUGUCUUCUAAGUUCUAUACUAACUCAAAGCUUAGACUCUUGUUAUGCUUUUUAGUCUUUCAGUAUUUAUUGACAUGAAUGUAGUAUUUAUUUUUGUUAUGGGAGGAAAUUGUCAGAUCUGCUAAUGUCCUGUUUGGUAUUGCAAUCGACAGCUGUAUUCCUUGUGCGUACUCUUCUUAUGAUGAACACUUUCAGUAUUGCAGUAAGAUGGGCACAAAUCAGUAGUGGGCUGUCUAAAGAGGCUUUAACGUUACCAAAUAUUUAGACAGACAUUUUAUAAUAUGUUACAGUAUGUACGGACUGGGUGGAUUCUGAUGAAUUGCAUAGCUCAUUACAUGUCAAGGUUGUGCACUCUGGAUAGCAUUUUCAUAUAAAAAUGUAAUUCCUGCAAGAUAAAACAGCAGUCUUGUGCCAGAUAUAUUAACCCCUUUUACUUGGUAGGUGCUACAGGAGCUAUUAAGGGCAAGGAUCAAUUGUAUACAUUAAGCGGAUAAGCUUUAGGAAGUACUGACCAACUGACAAUUAAAUGGCUGGAGACAGAAAUGAAUAUUGCUUGACGUUAAUUAAAUGCUGUGCAUAGCUUUGACCUUGCUUCUCCUCUUAGACCAUGUUGUGGAAACCAAACUAAGGGGGUAGGUUAUUUACCCUUGAGCAACUGUAAAUGUUUAGCUUGUGUGGGAGUUUUUUUAUAUCCAACUAGGAAAAUAUUUCUUUGAGCAAGCCUUGAGAAAAUACUGUGUAUCAAUAGUAAAACCUUGACGGUUAAUUCAAAGCAUUAGGGUUACCAUGUGUUCAUCAAAAACUGUGACUCCUUUAUUUUUGUCUUUUUGGGGCUAUUAGUGCUAUACAGGAGAGUCUACAUAUUUCUUAUAAAUCUAUUUAUUUGUCUUAAAUUGUCAUGAUGAACUUGUCAUUGCAUAUUUUUUGAAAAACUUUCUGUGCAUGGAAAAAAUAAAGAAUGAGAUGGAUCUAUUUGUAUUACAA